AUGGAUAAAGAAGCAACUUAUUUUAAGAAACAGCUUGAUGAACUAGAUAAUGACAUAUCUAUUCUUUCAUCACAGAAAGAUUUUCAAUCACAUAUGAACAAAAUCAAUGAAACGGUUGAAAAUCCUAUUUUAAUCAACGAUGAGAUAAACUUUCAAAAAGAGAACUUCUCGAAGUUGAAGUUCCAGUAUCUCGAACAAGAGACCAAGGAGAAGUUUCUAAGAUCAUUAUUUGAUAAUCCGCCUAUAUCCAUUCAACAGGAAGAUAUUAACAAGUUGCAAGAAGAAAAUGUUCAUUCGAAACAAGCACUCAAGGCAUUGAAAGAAUCAAUGAAUAACAAGAUGAAUGAUAUACAUGAAAUUUCUAGAGAAACUGUAGAAUUGAAUGAAGAGUAUCAGCAUAAGUAUAAUGAAACCAAUAAGAUGCUAGAUGAAGUUCUAAGGAUGGAGGAAAAAAUAAAUUCAAUUAUUGAUAACCAACAGGAUGAAACCAAAGAAAUUAUUAAAAGUUUGAUUGAUCUUUCGUCGGGCAUGAAAGAGAAAGAUCUUACAAAGAUAAUGAUAAGUGCCAGUAAUAAAUCGUUACAAGAUUAUACUACAGCUCCUCAAUCUAGUAAUGAAUUGCAUUUGAAAAACCAAUUAAACGAAAACCAACAGCAGCAUCUUCAGAAGUUGCAGGAAAAAUUAACGGCAUUGAAAUUCAACUUGCUGAAUGCUGAAGAUAAUAAGGAACCAAAUGACAAUCAGUUUUACGCUCAGUGGGUCAAGGAAAUGAAUGAAAUACUAAUUGGUCUAAAUGACCUAUCUUAUAUAAAGUUCGAAUUUGUUGAUAACACUGAUCUCAAGCUAAUUGUCAAUAAUCAUAAUGUUGUCUUGAAUAAAAGCUUUGAUAUUUUGAAUACAAAUGAAUUAAGCCAGUUUCAAUAUCUCAUAAAGAAUAUUAAUUCCAAUGAAAAUAAAAUGAAGAAUUUUUUGUUAUUGGUGAAUGGUUUAUUAGAAAUGCCUUGA